UUUGGCGAUUCGUAGAUUGCAAGCAUGUCGUGGCUGAGAUCAGUGGCGUCUAGUGAGGAUGUGUUCGACGAGGAUGUGGAUGAUAUCAGUCUGCAGAACAAAGAAUGGAAAUACAACAUGGAAAAACGCGCAAAGGUUUGAACAGAUGACCAGAUACUUAGAAGUGCAGUUUACGGUCAGCUCCUGUAGCUGGAUUAGUCUUACAGAAAUACUUUAUUUACAGACACUGCUCAAAUGUAUUGGUACGAGACAUGUAAGAUCUUGUCUGGAGAAAUAAUAUUUGUAUAUGGCUAGCCCUCUGGAAGUGGAAGCUGCUUGCACUUGAUAACUGCACAUCCUUCAGUCAGAACUUAAACCCAGAAAAGUGGAUUUAUUGAAAACUAUCCCUGUAUCCUGUGCCAACAUGGGGAACAGUUGGGACUGUUGUGGAAAAAAAAACCCAUGUGACCAUACAGAGGAUGAGACUAAAGGUUUGCUGAACAGCUCUGAAUCAAAGACAUCAACUAGAGCAGGAACAGAUGUCGGCAGUCCAAUAUCAGAUGAGGAGGACAGGCAUAAAGAAGAAACAAAACCACAACUGGAUGAAUUGAUUGUAACCAAGCAGCCAAAUACAGAGGCUCAAAUUCCUGAAGCACAGAGCUCUUACUCUACAACAAUAUCAAUGUUACACACCGUCUCUCCUGCUCCUGAACUUAAUGACAAUGUUUCACCUGAAACUGCUCCAACAGAAGCUAUAAUCUUAGGUAAAGAAACGCCAAAAACAAAGACUAAAUUUACUGAAGAAAUCCAAAACAUUGCAGCUGAAGUCUCGGACGCACCUCGAGACACAGUUGAAGCACCUGCCGAGACCGUUGCCUCAGUGAAAGGGGAGAUAGAGGCUCAGCAUGGAUCAAUUGAAAAGGUAGACGUCGCAGCUGCUCAGAUGACAGAUGAUGCAGGUGCCACCGCAACAAGUUCAGACUCAACAGUCGCACCUGCUGAGGAGACACCUGUUCAGGAGGUAACUGCGCUUACUGAGGUAGAAGCUGAGAAGAACUUCUCCGAGCCAGAGCCAGAGCCAGAAACACAUGUGGAGAUGAUUGCAGAUGAGAAGGAAAUGAUCCAAACCGAGGAACUGCCUCUGAAUGACACCUCUGAAGUGACAUAUGAAAAGGCUGGUCUUAAUGACACUGGGGAUAAUUCACUGAUGGACAACAGCAGGACAGAACCUGACACAUGUGUUUUAGGUCAGUCUAAUGAGUCGGAUGUUAUUGAGAGAAGCAUAGCUGAAGUGACUGCUGAGGAACCCGUCACUGAGCCAACAGCUGAAGUGGAGGAGAAACGUUCAGAGGAGACCCAUUCUGAGAUGGAAGGACAGAAGCAUGAAACAUCUGAAGCUUCUCAAACUCAGGAACAUUCACAGGAAGUUUCUUCUCCAGGUGUAGAUAUUACCAAUGCACUCUCUCCUGGCACUGAAAAUGGUCUCGUGAAGGACUCUGAGAAUGAAAUAAAUGCUGAUGUCAUUGUUGUGGAAAAGCUGCCUCAAGAAGAAGGCAUAGUCCAGAAACCAAGCGAGGAAGCCUUGGAAACUGAGAGUCAAGAGCAACUGCCAUCUAAGCCAUCUACGCAAACCGACAGCACUAUUGAGGUGAACAAACCUGAAGUCACAGAUGUGAUGACAGAUCUAGAAAAGAGUGAAAAGGUUGCAGAGCAAGAGCAUGAGGCUACAGAACCCACUGAGAAUGGCCUGGACUCCACAUGUCCCUCAGUGCCAUCAAGCCCCAUUGAGAAAACCAGAGCCACUGACACAAUGAGUGAUUCUGUUGCUGUAGAAAACACUGAGGCCAAAGGUGAGGUUACUGUGGCGAGCGAUGCAAAAUUACUGGAGGAAGUUGUAAAAGGUGUUACAGAGACUGGACCUCAACAAACAGAAGAGGACAAGGAAAAACAGGAAGAGGAAGCUAGCGUUGCCCAGGAAAAUGAAGGAAAAGAAGACACUUCCGACACCCAAAAAGAAGAUAUCAUUUUUAAAUGUAGCACGGUAGAGAUACAGCUGAUACCUGUAAAAGAGACAGAAGAGAGCGUGGAGGAGGUGCAAGAGCCACUGGAUGAGAGUGCAAACCUGUAUCUGGGAGCAGAGGACAUUGAAAUGGGAGCCAGCAAUAACAAGCCAUCCAAACCACUACUAGAGCUCACAAUUCCUGGUGUAGAGACCAGAUGUAGCUUAGCACCAGCUGUGGACAUACUGGCCUACAGUGAGCAAGAAUGGAAGGGGAACACGACCAAAAGCACUCUCAUCAGAAAGGGCUACAGUGAGAUGUCCCGUAGCUUCAGCGGUCUGAGGAGAGUCAGAGGAGAUAAUUACUGUGCUCUCCGUGCCACGCUGUUCCAGGUGCUGGCGACCAGCACAAACAUGCCCACCUGGAUACAGGACGAAGGCUUUCUAUUGUUGCCAGAGAUGAUUGAAGCUCGGGAGCAUUUGAUUGGUGGAUGGGUGUUUCCCCCAGAAUGCAAGUGGGCAAGUGAGGAGGAGGACUCUGUGGAGAGACUGAAAUACUAUUUGGAUCUCCUUAAGAAAAAGUGGCAAGCAGCAGCGGCCUGUGAGAGCCCAGAGGAGAAGCAGAAUCUGUGUGAGCGUGUGUUUCAGGGUGGAGAAGAGGAGUAUGGUCUUCUAGAAGCACUCAAGUUUCUGAUGCUGGCCAAAGCCAUUGAGCUUCAUCACAACAUGGUGGCAGAUCAAGAAGUGCCUGUGUUCUGCUGGCUUCUUUUUGCCCGCGACACAUCAGAAAACCCAAAAACCCUCCUGGCCAAUCACCUGAGCCAGAUCGGCUUCAGUGGAGGGGUAGAACAGGCAAAGAUGUUUCUAUUGGGCUAUGCCUUAAAACACACCAUUCAAGCCUUCCGUCUGUACAUGACAGACACAGAGGAGUUUGUGUCACAUUACCCAGAUGACCACAAGCAGGAGUGGCCCUGCGUGUGUAUCGUCACAGAGGACGAUCGCCAUUACAACGUCCCUGUCAGGAGGAUCGUUCAACACCAGCACGGAGAAGACAUCACGAUGACCUAACAACAGAGACUUCACAGAACAAAUCUGAUCUACAAAGUGACAUGAUGUUUUGUUUCUGAUAUGACCCGUUGGUCAUCCGAUGAAUGAGAAGAUGAAGGGAAUUUACAGCAAUCUACCGAGAUCAAAUUGCAAGCAGAAGUGCUCAGGUUCCCCCGCCCCCCCAAAAUGAAUCACAGAAUGAACAUGUCUGUCAGGAAAUGCUGUGAUGACUAACAUUGAUUCAGAAAGGAAAAGAAAAACCUUACUGCCUUUUUACUUUAAGCGUGAUAUUUGUUUGUAUUAUGCACUGUUGGAAAUGGUGUUGAUUUACAUUGUCAAUGUUUUAAAAAAAAAAUACUAAAGAGUUUACAACAAUAAUUUUAGAGAAUUUUAAUUCAAAAGAAUGUAUUGUGGGUAUAGUAAGGGAACUGAGGUAAUGGUCUUACUGUAAGUUCUUAAUUUAUAUUGUUAGAGACUGUCCUUUUUAACAUUUCAUUGCUAGGUAUAUAUAUGGACUCAUUGUGACAGUAGAAGUUUCCCAUACUGGUUUUGAUUUUUACUGCCAUGACUGUUUUUUGAACUGUUUAAUUGAGGUUCUACACAAAAUAUUGCCAGUUUUCAAAUUAGAGCACUUUGACUCUAAAUUAAUUAUUUUGGUUGCCAUCAUGUUAUGUUUACAUGUUCUUAACAGACUCUGAAAGCAACAAAAACGUGCAUAAAUCACGUUAACAGGCAGCUGGUGAAACGGAUGCCAAGAAGAGUUCAAGAUAACUUAAUAUUUAGCUUGUUGUGGAGUUAAGCAAAAACUACUUGCACUUUUAUUUCUUUUUCCCCGUUCAUCUGCAUUUUUGUAUUUAUCACUGAAGAUUAACACUGAAUAACUUAAUUGCCAAAUAUACAAAAAGUUAUACAGUAUUGGUUGUAAAAAGCAAAUUUUUUCAAGAACUGGAAGGCAAGAUCAUUUGAGGAAAUAUGAAUAAAAUACUCUAUGACUCA